AUGGAAGUAGCGGGUCUGCAGCAAGGUAAAUUCGAGGUAAAUCCAGCUGAACCAGAGUCUCGAUCCUCGUCGUUGACGCUGCAAUUAGGUGCCUUUUUUCUCGCAGGAAAUGUUGAUUUCUUCCCGGAAAAUCCAGGGCUUGCAACACUUGAAGAGAUUCUCUGGCACUCAAAGACACUGCUGUCAUCCAGGCUUUUGAAUAAAUACGGCUUCCUAUUAUGAGGAAUCUCAAACUGAGUAACCAGCUUCUUUCCGAAGCAUGAAGUUC